UGAGAACGUCCCUGCCUAUGGCAUAUGCAUGAUAUGGUAUGGAUCGUCGACAUCGAACCGGAUGUGAAUUGAAUAAUUGAACGUGGUUGUUAACAUCAGAUUUUAAAAUCUGUUUAUUAAUUACUUCUGCAGUGAUAAUUGAAGAUAUUGAGAUGUGUCUGUUAUUCUUCAUCAAGGACAGCGAUCCUCCGGUAGAUGGCUACCGACUCGUUCUCGUCAAUAACAGGGACGAAUUUUGGGAAAGACAAACAGAGUUGGCUUCGUUUGGAGGAAAAGACAAACGUGUUGUCUGCGGGCGAGACUGCAUGCAGGGUCGCGAGGGCGGCACGUGGGUGGGCAUGUCACGAGAAGGUCGACUCGGAGUCUUGUUGAACAUUCUUGGACAACUGGACCCGGAUAAAAAGCCAAGAGGUCGUCUCGUAACAAAUUUCGUGUCCGGUAAUCAGUCAAUAGAGGAAUAUUUCAGCGAGAUCUCACACGACGCCAAUCAGUACAACGGCUUUAACCUCGUCCUCGUGGAUGUUGGAAAGGUCGCAACAACGACUCGACUGUUUUCUAACGCUCUGGGUUAUAACGGAACUCACAUCAACCAGCUGGAAGAUGGAGAAGUACAUGGGGUUGGUAAUGCCAUGUUUGAAAAACCGUGGAAGAAAAUUUGCUAUGGAAGAGAAAAGUUUCAAAAGAUUUGCCAAAACUACGCCAAAGUGGACAGCAAGGAACUGCUCAUCAAGUCAUUACAGGAGAUGAUGACAGACAGAACAAAACAUUUACCUGAUGCCGUGCUAAAGGAGGCAUGCGCAAAAGCUGGCUAUAACGAUACUGUCACCGAAGAGCGAUCGCAGAUCUGUGUGUGGUCUCCUAGUUUCAAAUACGGAACAAGGACGACUACUGUGAUACUGGUGGACAGAGAUGGACAUUGUGACUUCAUUGAAAAGACUAUUGUUACCCCAGUCUGUGUGGAAGACCCUAAGUUCACAACCACCGCUCUGAACUUCAAAUUGAUCAACUGAUCACGCAUGUACUGACUGAAUAGUAAAUAUCUCAUAAGAAUAAAUAUGUCUCUUCGUC